AUGUGCGUCCCCGACAAAGUGAUCAUAAAAUACGUCGAGUGGGAGGAAUCUCCUCUCAUGGUAUCGAUGGGCUCCGCGUGCACGACAGCAGAUGUUUGCGGCAACGCGGAAACUGCAUUCCCCAAGAACUCCGCUGAAGAGGUCACCGGACCUCCCAAGCUCCGACGUGAAACGCUGCAGCUCUUGACCCAUCAGUCGGCCUCUUCGAAACAUUAUAAGCAGGAUGUGACGACCCGCAGCCUUGAGAUGUUCUCCUCCGUGGCGCGAACUCCCGCUUUGUGGCGGGUGUUUGCGGGGCUCGUAUUUUUUGGUGUGUGGUUUCUACUAUUUACCGAGCUCGAACAUCGAAUGAGAACCAUCGAGGAAACCAAUCAAUACAUGGGCAAAAUGCUCGCACGGCUUAAUUUCAACCGUUAUUCUGCGAUAGGAGAGCAAUCCUCCCAGAACGAAGAUUUAGAUGAAUCCUUAGGACUCCCUCUAAAAACAUUCGAGAAUCAGGUCAUAAUUUACAAUCGAGUUCCGAAAACGGCAUCGACGUCCUUCACUGGAGUUGCUUACGACCUUUGUGUAAAAAACAAGUUUUUCGUCCUUCACAUCAACACAAGUCGUAACAUGCACGUCAUGUCCAUCGCCGACCAAAUGAGGUACUCAGUGAACAUUUCGCAAUGGGAGUCGAUGAGACCUUCAAUGUAUCAUGGACACGUGGCAUUCCUGGAUUUCGCUCGUUUCGGGAUGCCACCGCCGAUCUACAUCAAUAUCGUCCGCGAACCGCUUGAACGGCUGGUCAGCUACUACUACUUUCUCCGCAACGGGGACGACUUCCGACCACAUCUUCAACGUAGACGAAGCGGAGACAAACGAACGUUCGAUGAAUGCGUCAAACAGAUGGGGCAGGAUUGCUCCGAGGAUAAGAUGUGGCUCCAGAUUCCUUUCUUCUGCGGUCACACGCCGAACUGCUGGCAACCCGGCAGUCGAUGGGCCCUGGAACAGGCUAAAAUGAAUCUUAUAAACAAAUAUCUUCUGGUCGGGACAACGGAGCAGCUACAGGACUUUGUUGACAUCCUGGAAGUUGUCUUACCGCGUUUCUUCCGAGGAGCCUCCCAGUUGUUCCACAGCGGCAAAAAGUCGCACCUGAGGAAAACUUCGAACAAAAAGCCAGUCAACGCCGAGACAGUGGCGUUGAUCAAGCAAUGGCCAACCUACUUACUCGAAUCGGAGUUCUACGAAUUCGCGAAGAGACACUUCAACUCCAUAAAGGAUAAGCUCAAUAGCGAACAGGGCUCACAGCAAUUCUUCUUCGAGAAAAUUCGACCAAAGAAGCGCUGGUGA